UAAAAUUAUCUAAAUACCUCAAAAGAAACAAAUAGACAGAAAGACAUACAGACAGACAAUUACCAAAAGAGCUAAUGUAUAGCAAACUAUACAAGAUAAAUAAAUGAAAAUAAAAUUUUCUUAUAAAAGCUGUUGAUGAUUCGAGGUAAUUAAACAGUAACAAUAGAACUUUGUUUAAGACAGCAUCUUUUCAGCAACAGUAGCAGCAGCAGCUCCAUAAUAUAUCCCAAGAAAUAUUCCCCAAAGAGAAAUAAUACAUAAAACUUAAUAGCAGCAACAUGUUUAAGUUUUUGCUUUUGUGCUUAAUAUCUCUAAUUGCUUUGGUGGCUAGCAGACCCAGUGUUUUAGAAUCUCAUCAUGCCGCCUACUCACCGUAUUAUCAUACACCUCUGCUGACAUCCUCUCCUUACACUGCUCUUGAUGCUGGUGUUGCUGCUUAUCAUCACGGUGGAUUUGUUUCACCUUUAUAUGGCUCUCAUUUGUCUCAUGUCUCUCCCCAUAUCUCACCAUAUGUUGCCUCCUCUUCGCCCUAUAUUGGUGGUCAUCAUUAUGGUUUACAUCCCUACGAUUCGUUGUUUCUAAGACAUUAAAAGGUAUUUAGUGCCUUUAAUGAGGGCAAUGAGGCAGUAUGUUGCUGGCAAU